AUGGUCACUAUGACUGGCAAGAAGUUUUCGUUGAAAGGUGUGCUGCUGGCUAUUCUGCUGAUGACGAACAUGUUCCUUUCAAGGAAGUGUGUAACUUCUUCACCUAUCUGUCCCAAUGGAUUGGGCACUUGUCAGGUCUCCCUUGGGGAUCUUUUUGACCGCGCCGUCAAACUCUCACACUACAUCCACUCCCUGUCUACGGAAAUGUUCAAUGAAUUUGAUGAACGCUACGCUCAGGGCCGAGGGUUUAUUGCAAAAGCUAUUAACAGCUGCCACACUUCCUCCUUAACCACUCCUGAAGAUAAGGAGCAAGCGCAACAGAUUCACCAUGAAGACCUGCUCAACGUAGUGCUGAGUGUGCUCCGCUCCUGGAAUGACCCUCUGCUCCAUCUGGUCUCUGAGGUUCAACAAAUCAAAGAAGCCCCCGAUACCAUCCUCUGGAAGGCCAUGGAGAUUGAGGACCAAAACAAACGACUUCUGGAAGGGAUGGAGAAAAUAGUCGGACGGGUUCAUCCUGGAGAUUUAGGCAAUGAAGUUUAUUCUACAUGGUCGGGGCUCCCAUCCCUCCAGCUAGCUGAUGAAAAUUCUCGUCUAUUUGCCUUCUACAAUCUGCUACACUGCUUGCGCAGGGACUCCCACAAAAUCGACAACUACCUGAAACUAUUGAAGUGUCGCCUUAUCCAUGACAGUAACUGUUAA